CGCGUAUCGCACGCGUUAUUAAAGAAGCGGUAUUAAAAGGAACGCGACGCGUUUCACAACGUAUAAAUACCUUAGCUGUAUUGUCAUCUGCCAUAAACAACGUUCUUAUUCAAAAUAAUGCCCGUAGAAGACGAAACAAUGUGUAAUGACAGUAGCGAUACUCUGUGUUUGUCAAGUCCAUUAACAAAGUUGGAUACGGAUAAUGCUACCCCGAGAAAGCUUGACCGCGUCAAAAACUUACAAAGAUUUGCUCGAACAGUGAUCACAACAUAUGAAAAGGAUGCUGUUGCAAUGGAAGCAGAAAUACUUGACUUAAAACAACAGUUGGAGAAUGAACGACUAAGAAGGAAGCAGCUGCAAGUUCCAUUGAAACUAUUUCAGCAAAAAAUGACUUCUUUAGAGACAGAAAAAAAACAACUUAAGCUAGAAAACGAUCAGCUGAAACAAGAACAGAAACUUUUGGUGCUUAAAAUGGAAUCGAUCCAACGCAACAAUUCGUCUACACUCACAAGGCACAUUGAAAGCCCUGUAGAAAACACUAACGAAAGGGUGGAGAAGACCACAAGAUGCGCGAUUGAACCUCACGAAGUCGUUCAGAGGCUGUCGGAUUCAUUUUACAAAUUGGAGAAUCAACACAAGUCUUUUAAAGAGACCUGUGCAUUGUUAAGAAAACGAUUAAUGCAAGAUAAAACAAGCACGCAAACCCGGUUACAGUUAAUUGAAACGAAAAUCUCGAAGCACGCAGCAGGAUUCUCAUGCAAUGUCGCAUUCCACUUACCAAAGGAAGCACAUAUUUGUUAAACCUGUUGAGCAACUGCUAAAAAGUAAAAGACUAACAAAUUGUUAAACUAUUUAACCAACGUCCAUUUCUUUCUUGUUAAAAUUUGUGUUGGUAUAUAUGUUAUUUUCUUUUUUUUAUUAAAACUACUGAAGGUUGAUGAAACCGCAAUAACCUUAAUCAUUCAUUCGUACAAUUAUUGACUUAAAGGAGAAAACGACUUUCAUAUUGUUUCAUGCCUUGACGAGGAAAGGUAUUCUAUUUCGUUGGCGGGUCUUUGACCAUUUAAUCUCUGUUGUAUACCAUCAC